AUGAAUGAUAUAGUUAAUGAUAAAAAUGGAAAUAUGAUAUUUAAAACGAACACAAAAAGUGUUAACAUCUUCAUUGCAGGGUUUCACUGCUGCUGCAACUAUUAUACUACUACUACUACUACUACUACUACUACUACUACUACUACUACUACUACUACUACUACUACUACUACUACUACUACUACUACUACUACUACUACCACUACUACUACUACUACUACUACUACUACUACUACUACUACUACUACUACUACUGCUACUACUACUACUACUACUACCACUACUACUACUACUACUACUACUACUACUGCUACUACUACUACUACUACUACUACUACUACCAUUAUUAUUACUAUCAUCAGUGUGCGUCAAUUUUAA